AUGUCACUCCCUCCCACGGACAAGGGCAAAGCCAAGGAAGCUACACCCCCCACCACGCCUGCCACACCCGCCACGGCUCCGAGUGCAGAUGCGAAGGCGACGGGCAUCAUCGUCAUUGGCAUGGCAGGUGCGUUCGGCCCAGCGCGGCUUGCGAAGCUCCCUCGGCGCUCCUGCGCACAGGAGACCCCACCUCGCACCUACUACGCCCCUGCAUACCCACAUCAACACGUGCUCAUCCUUCACACUGUACCCCCACAGGCUCAGGCAAAACGACCCUUCUGCAACGUCUCAACACGUACCUGCACUCGACCUCCCGUCCGCCGUAUCUGAUCAACCUCGACCCGGCGGUCAGUCACCUCCCCUUCUCGGCCAACAUCGACAUCCGCGACACGGUCGACUACCAGAAAGUGAUGCAACAGUACAACCUCGGUCCCAAUGGGGGGAUCUUGACCGCGUUGAAUCUGUUCACGACCAAGUUCGACCAGGUGUUGGAAUUGGUCGAUAAGCGCAAGAGUUCGGUCGAGUACGUUCCCAGCCCAAUUUUUUUUUUUUUGAGCGGUCGGGAACGAUCAUCUGACUUAGUUCCUCAUCUUGUGUGCAGUUACGUCCUGCUCGAUACACCAGGCCAAAUCGAGAUCUUUACUUGGUCCGCUUCGGGAGCGAUCAUCACCGACGCGUUGGCUUCGUCCUUGCCGACCUGCGUCGCUUACAUCAUCGACACGCCGAGGACGACCAAUCCUGCGACGUUCAUGAGCAACAUGUUGUAUGCAUGUUCGUGAGUCGGCUUCAGCGAUACAAGCCCCCUAAAGCUUGGCGCCAAAAAAAAAAAAAAAAGACAUCUGACCCCCUCCUCCACUGCCCUCCCUUCCCCCCCCCCCUCAAAAAAAGGAUCCUAUACAAAACGCGCCUCCCCUUCAUCCUCGUCUUCAACAAGACCGACGUCGAACCGCACCACUUUGCGCUCGAAUGGAUGCGUGAUUUCGAAGCGUUCCAAGAAGCUCUCCUCGCUCGUCGAUCUUCCCCUAAUGGUGGGGAAGGAAGUUCGGCGGCGGAGAGUGGGGGUUAUAUGGACAGUUUGAUGAAUUCGAUGAGUUUGGUCUUGGAUGAGUUUUAUAAACAUCUAAGGGUACGUUUUUUUAUAUAUAAAAAACGAAAAAAAAAAAAAAAAAAAAAAAAAAAAAAAAAAAAAAAAGACGAAAUCCAACCAACACCUUCCCUCUCCGUUCGCGCUGGCAAUCACCCCACCCCUCACUGACACCCAAACCACACCCACGCACACACAGGCCGUCGGAGUCUCUGCGAUGACGGGUGAAGGCGUACCCGAAUUCUUCGACGCCGUUCAACGAGCUCGACAAGAAUACAUCGAAGAAUACCUACCCGAACUGAACAAGACCUUGCGUGAACGAGAGGUCGUUUCGGAGAAGGAGAAGAAGAGCUCGUUGCAGAGGUUGAUGGGCGACCUCAAACUCGGGGCGCAGGGACCUGAAGGCGCUGAGGGGUUGGGUCGGGAACUAGAGGAGGAGGAGGAGGAGGAGGAGGAGGAGGAGAGUGAGAGUGAUGAUGAUGGAGAGAUUAUUGAUCGGAGUGCGAGGACGGGUUAUUAUGAGUUGCCUGAACCGGAGAGGAAAGGGAGGAGGGGGAAUGCGUUUGGUGGUGGGGGAGGUGUGGGAGGGGAUGAUGGGACCGUUUGGCCGAGGCCGUAG